AUGGCCAGAAUUACUUUGUCGACCUAUUUCUGUUCAGUUAGUAGAAUGGAUUGUUACUUCGGUGAAAUGGUAUUUCAGAAAAAUGGACUUCGGGAAAGUGAGCAACAACCAACUGUCCCAUGUACAACACUGCCCGCAGGGGCCCAAACAUCAACCGGUCAAAUUUUAAUACGACAGUCAUUGAUGCGUAGCUGGUAUUAUCCGUCAGAUUACAUCGGGCAUAACGUGGAGA